AAAUUAAUUUAUCAAAUCAAGUAAUUGAAUAAAUAUAUAAGCUAAUAAGUAGAAGAGGAGAAUAAAAAGUUGACAGAAAUCAGAUAUAUUUUGAAGAGAAAUAAUUUAUAACUAUUUUAGCUUUUAUUUCAAUUACCUAAAUUAAAAUACAAACAAAAAAUCAGUACGUAUAAAGUCCUAGCUUGAGACAUUUAGUAAGCAGAGGAAAUAAAUAAAAUUAAAUUAACUUGUAACAAAGCCAAGAACAAGACCAGAAACACAACCACUGGACAGAUCUCUUCAGAAAAUAAAGAAAUAGCAUUGAAAACGAGGGGCGAAAUAUAAAUAAGCAGUUUUUAUUGAAAGAGUAAUUAAUGCAAUAAAAUAACCAGUAUUAAGCAUAGAAUAAUUCAAUUACUAGUCUCUCAGAAUUAGGAAAUCCUAGGCAUUAGUAGUCGUCUUAAUAGUCUUUGCUAAACAAUUAAAAUGUUAAUAGGAACAAAAUUUACAGGUCUAUUAGCUCUAUAAACGUUGACAAUAUAAGGAGGAAUGUUAUUUAAGUAAAGUACAACCAAAAUAUUAAAUUUGUUGUUUAACCCUAAAGACAAAGGGAAAGAUCCUAUACGGAAAUGCACUCCUACGUCAAGAUACCUCAGCUGCGAUAAAAAGUUUAUCUUCCUGAAUCUGGCUGUAAGUCUUUGACGUUUAUAAGAGGAGAUUCUGCUCAAAAUUGUAGAGAUUCCUCUCAAAAUUGUAGAUAUUCCGCUCAAAAUUGUAGAGAUUCUACUCAAAAUUGUAGAGAUUGCUAGUCUUAAAAAGAUAUCAAUUUUAAUCAAAGAUAGUAAUUCGCAGCUAAAUUCUAAGAGAAGCAAAUUGACUUAGUAAAUAUUUAUGGUUAAAACAAUAAUGGUUUACCUUAAAAUAGCUAAUAUGUUAGUAAACAAAAUUUUUUGUAUCAGAAACCAAUCAAUUAACCUUAUAUUAAACCUGAACACUAACUGCAAUAGAACGCGUAUAAAGAUUUGAGAGCUAAUCUCUCUUCUUAAAGAAGCUAAAAGUAUGAACAGCUGAGCUCUGCUUCUAACCAAAAUUUAUACUCAGCUAGGACACAGCCUAGUAACAAUAUUGAAUUUAUGAGUAAUUAUAAUAAUAAUUUAAAUCAAAGUACUCAUUAUAAUAUAUAAAAACGUACUUCUUCAGUAGAAAAACUGCCUUCGAUUCACUAGACUUAAUCAUCAUCUCCUAAAAAAACAAAAGCAACUUUCUAUGAUGAAUACGAUGACUUUAAUAACCAUGCAAAAUCUUCAAGCAGUUAAGGAUCCAGAUAAGUUUUGAAAGAUUUGAAAGAACAAAAAUAAUUGACUGAUGCUGAAAAAGUUGUAGAAAAAUAAAAAAGAAGAAUAAAAAUGUUCAAAACUGCAAGUUUGGUAGUAACAAAGCCAGCUUAUGUAGUUGACUAAUACACCACAGUAACUGGUGGUUAAGAUGAUGCUAAAAUUGAUUAAGGUUCUCCCCAGUUCUCUAAAUUCGACUAUGAUAGUGUAUAGAGCUAAAAUAUUCCUGCCUCUCCUGAUUUAUAAACUCGUCUUCCUAUGAUAAAUGAUAACUAAUUUUCUUUGAGCCCAAUUCAACCUAUAAAUAAUGCAAAGAUUGUUCAAAACACUGCAGUUUAAGCUGAUUUUUAAACUUAUGCAAAAAUAGAUGAUCAAAAGCAAAAUGGUGAAGACGGAAAAAAUGAUCAAAGUAAUUUAGAAAAUGCCAAAUAACAAAAUUAAUUUGAUAAAAAAGGAUAAAAAAAAGAUUAACAACAUUACAUUUCACCUGAGUACUAGAUACUUGAGAAAGAAGAGUAUGAGCAUUUAAACGAUGAUAAGAGCAAAGAAAACUUAGACAUAAACAGUUAAGGAUCACCUUCUAAAAAAAAAAUAUAACUUAAUUCUAAAAUCAGUAAUUUAUAAGGCGUAUCUGCUCUUUCUAAGAUUGUCUAAGACAGAGACAGCUUUAUUUCAAAAGCUUAAAAGCAUAAAUAUAUAGAUCCAUUAGAGGAUGUUAAUUUGGAAUUGUCUCCUGAUGGAGUAUUUUCAAAUCUUACUUUGACUCAAGACAAGGAGAUAAUUAACGCUAGAGCUUACUAUAAAAAAACAGGAAAAGGAUAUGAUUUAUAAUUAAAGAGAAUUUCUAGUUUAGACAAUGUUUUUCCUGAAAAAGAUGUAAAAAGAAUUAUAGAUAUUAAAAUAAAUCAUGACAUAAAUGAGCAAUACUUGGAUUUUAGAGGUGAAUCUAUUAUUCGUGUAGCUAGAUUGGAUGAAUAUGAAAUGGAAAAGUAAUUCAAUUCUAUUGUUUUAGAAAGAGAAACAAAAGGAAAAGGGUAGUUUUUACCAAGAAAUGCUUAUAUUUAUAGACACUUUAUUAUUGAGUAAUUUGACAGAUUCUACUUUUUGUAAGAUUAAAUUGGUUCUUAUGUUGUCUAAAAGGAAGCUCUUUCUGAACACUAGUUCAAAAGUAUGAUGCUCAAUUUAUUGGACAUCAUACUUUCUAAAAAAAUUACUAAAAUCUCUCAUGAUAAUGUAGUUUUUUGUGUUGCUGAUUAAAAGUUUUAUUGCAUGGAUCGACUCUAUAAUUAAGUUCCAAUGGAUGAAACCACAGAAUAAAAUGAUCCAUAUUAGAGAUAUUAAAAUCAACAAAGUGAAAUUUAAGAUGGAGCUACCGAACAAAAAAAUUAUUAAAUUCUUCAAGAUCUUAUUGACUUGAUUAUUUAAAUCAAGUUUUAAACAUUUUCAAGAAAUCAAAUAAGAUAAUAACAAUAAAUCUAAAGCAUAAAAUCUCCAUUUGUAACUUACCUAAUUAAAGAAUUUCAAACAGCUAAGUCUUAACAAGAAUACAUUUUACAACAAUAAAGAAUGGGAAAUAGUUAAGCAAAAGAAAUAAAUGUAUUUACUUAGCUUGAGAAUAUACGUAAAAAUAUAUUUAAGCACCAUCUUGAAGCUCAUGAUGUUAUAAAGAGAGAUGGAGAUAUAUUUUCAUACCAUAUUCUUAUGAAACCACGUCGCUUUAGAGAAUUUAUAGAUAUGCUUUACUAUGGCUCUGACAUUUAUGUAGACUAAAAUAUCUUAGCUAACGAUUCAGAAGUAGAUGACAUUUACUAAAGAGAUUCCCUAGGAGUAGAAGAAAAAUCAAAAGGAUCUGAUUCUCCAAACCAUUCUCAAAGCUCUUUUUCUUAAUAUGAUUCUUCAAUCAAAUCAGCAAGCAACUUAAAAGAUGCUAUAAAGAAAACCCAAAAGAAAAGUCUAUAAGAAAUAUUGUUUGAUCAAGCUAGAUCUAAAAGAGAUAACAUAAAAAUAAUAGAAUACGGAAACAACAUUUUCCCUAAAAGAUAAAUAACAAAAUCAAAUUUAGAUCGUUUGUAUGCCUACAUAGAAGCGAAAUUAGAAUAAAAAGAUUACAAUGAUAUUAAUUUUUAUAUGAGUAAAUUUGUAUAAAUUUGUAGUGAAGAAAAUCCUUCAAGUUAAAAAUAUGCAAGAAUCUAACUUUAAUUAGCUCAGUUUAACUUUGUAACAGAUACAAGUCUCUCUGCAACUAUUUUAAUUUGCAUCUAUGUUGAGAAAAAAUUCUAAAAUCUUGAAAAAUUUGAUCUUGAAAAAUCUUUUGAAUACAAUAAACUAAUGAGUGAAUUGUCUGAAAAAACUAAAAUUGAAGAUUUCGAAAUAACAUUUUUAAAGGAUAAUUGCAAUUUACUUCAAAAUUCAGAAAAUAUAGAACUCUAUUCUCAAUCCCUUCAUAAAGUAGGUAAAUGGUACCUCCAUUAAGAUAAGCUUGAAGCAAGUCUAAUAUAUUUGUACGAAAGUAUAAAAGUCAGUUAAGAUGAUAAAUUUAAAUAAUACUGCACCAAAAUCAUUUAAAACGUUGAAACAAGUCUAAAAAAAUUCAAACUUCUCAGCUCCAGUCAAAACUUAUAAAAGAAUACUAAAGAAGCAUAUGACUUUUACAGUAAAAAAAACAUAGGAGAAGUAUAAACUAGAUUAGAAAAUAUUAGUAAAGAACUAGGAGAUGUCUAUCAUUUAAAAGAGAGAAAAGUAAUUGAUAUAUUUUAUUUAACUGCCAAAGAAUAAAUAAAAUAUGAUGAGACUGCAAGUAAAGGAGGUAAUAAUUUUGAUCUUUUUCAAGGUUAUGCAAACUCAAGUGGUAUUUACAGUUAAGAGGAGUUAAAUAAUUGCUCUAUCGAAAUAUAAGGAAUCUAUGGUGAUUUAUAUGUUAAAGAAAAAAGAUAUUUAGAGGCUCUUCUUGAAUACUUUUCUAAAUUAACUCAUAUCAAUAAUAAUACUCAUGAUGAAUAUGAAUCUACACUAUGGAAAAUAGCUUAAAUUAUUUUUGAGCUAAAUUAUGGAGAAUAUCUUUAUUCAAUUUUAAAUUGCAUGAAUUCAAAUACAAAAAUAUACAAAGCAAUUGAAGUAUUGCACUUGCUUUCUAAAUCAAUUGUAAUAUUUAAUGAAGUAGAGUCUAAUCAAUAUUCUUCAGCAUCAACUCAUUAUAAUUCAACUUAUCUUCUAAACAAAGCUCUAGUUUAAAUAGAGCAAGCAAAGCAGAUUGGAUAGAAUAACUCUUUAGUUAAAUUAAAGGUUCAACUUAAAAUUCUUGAUGUUGAGUAUUAAAUCAUACAAAAGCUAGGAGAUCCCCAAGUAAUUUAACAACGAAUUGAAAAUGUUAAAUAGAGAUUCGAACAAAAAAUGACAAAUGAAGAGUAAUUUUUACUCUUUUAAGAAUACAUCAAUAUCUAUUUGAUAGACUCUUCCCCUGUAUUUGAUGUCAACUUUUUCAGCAAGUGUGAAAAAGCUGCUGAAAUGGCUAUCAAAUAUUAAUUUUACUCACAUGGAAUUAAAGAUAUUGAAAUUUGCUUAAAUUUGAAAGUGGAGCUUUCAGUAAAUGACAUUUCAAAUGAGGUUAAAAGUGUGCUUUAAAUCUUAGAAAAGAUAACCGAUGAAGAUCAAAUAAACAAAUGUUUAGACAUAAUUUCAAAUAAACUUGACAAUAUUGAAGAUGACAAUUAGCUAUUACAAUUUAUAUUAAAAUUCAUAGAAUUGAGCAAUCAAAAGGAAAAGGUUGUUAACUUAGUUGCUUAGAACUUUAACUUUAUCUAUAAAAUGUAUAAAGAAAGUUUUGAUCAAUAAAUUAUAGACAUAUUAUGUAAAAAAACUCAUCUAUAUGGCUAACAGCAAGCAAAUUCCGAGUGUCUGGCACUUAACGCCCAAAUAUUAGAAUUAUUAUAACUAAAUGAAUUGCAGAAUUCAAAUUUAAUCUGUAAAAUUAAUCUUUUUUCAAUUAAAUUAAGUUAUUUAGAAAAUAAAUCUGAGUAAGAAAUAUUAAACUUAUGUGAAUCGUUUUUUGGGCAUCUUGUUAACUUAUCCAAAUAACCAAAAUUAAAGCAAAAUGCUUUCGCUCAAAUAAAAUAGCUAAUAAAUUAAAUUAUAUCUGAAAAAGUAAAUAUUUUCAAAAGCUACUUCAAAAAUUAUCUAUAGCAAAAUAAAAUUACUAAUACCUACCUUCUUGAACUUACUAAAUGAAUCAAAUUAUUUUGAAAAUAAAAAGUCCAUACAUAAAUAUAUAUAUAUAUAUAUAUAUAUAUAUUUGUUUUGUUA